CGUCAUAUUUAAUAAAUUUAAUUAAUUGUUCGGUAAAUUCGAUAAAUAUCUUAUAAAUUUUAAUUAAAUUUUAUAAAUCGGUUAUAAUAAUAUUGAAAAAAGUAAGAAAUAUGUUUUAGUUUUAAUAUUUUAUUGAUUUUUUUUUUUUGUAAAUUUUCACCCUCUAUAUUAAGCUUUUAAUAGCUAAAGAGAAAAGGCAGACUUGUCAGACUAAUGGAAUUUUCUUUAAUUUAUGUUAAUAUUUUGCUAAAUAAUAAUUUUAAGAAAAGUGUGAAAAAUAAAUAGAUUAGAAUUAAUUUUAAAUGAAAAAUUAAUUUUUUUCAUUGAGCCAAUAAUGAGAUUUCAAUGCUUUUUUGACAUUUGAACAAAACCCACCCAAAGUGUAGACAUCUAUAGAUUUUUCAAAAUUUUUGUAACAUCAAGUGAUCUGAUUAACAAAAAUAAAUAAAAAACAAAAAGUUAUUACUCUUGUACUUAAAUUAUUGUUCUUACUAUUAUAAUUUUAAUGAAAUGAUUUAGUUAUGGUGCAAUUAAAAACUAUAAUAUAGCCAGUUAUUAUAUAAAGAAUAUCUUAAAGAUAAGAAGUUGAGAAUAAAAAAAAAAAAAAUUAUAAUAUACAUAUAUAUAUAUAUAUAUAUACACAUAUAAAAUUUAGAAUUUAUGGUAUUGACAACUGCAACAAAUCAAGGAUAUCGGAUCAAAGUUAAUAUGUUUCGUUUAAAAACUAGAACUAGAAUAUUCGUUGACUCAGCAAAUAACUUGGAAGGCAUUUAAAACGGAAAUCAGGCAGAUAAUUCAACAACGUCUAAUUUUCAUCAUUCCCAUACAAACGGACAUCAAGAACAAUCGCCUAACUCCUCUCAAUUAUCGGUACAUAGUGACGAAACUUUAGUAAGAACACAUAAACAACAGACUACAACACAACAAGUAACAACAGUUACUAAAGUAGUUCAUGAAGUAAAACAUUUUCGUCCCGAUGGUGCAUUAGUUGAUUACGUUGCAAUGCCUUUGGACGUUCAACACACCGGACCUGAUGGCCAAACUGUUGAUUAUGUUGCCAUGCCAAUGGGUAUCCAUGCGAGAUCACAAUAUAUGAAUUAUAAUCAUGUAGAUCGGCCUCAACAUCCAGAUUCACAUCAUGUGUAUGUUGCAGAAGGUGCACAAUAUCAUUCACAUUAUCAAGAUUUCGAACAUUAUCCAUCACAAGCCGAUCAUUAUGGCAAUUCAACUAAUCCAUCAGGAGCUCAACAGGGUGGUGCUGGUUCAGUAGCAUAUUUAUCAGAAUAUGUUGGUGGCACAAAUGAACGUUCAGGAACUCCACAAAGUCCAAAUGAACAUAGCGGAUCGCCAUCACCGAUGCCUUUGACAUCUGUUGCUGGACAACAGCAUGCAAUUGUUCAACCCGUUGCAUAUUUACAAGCAUCCCACUAUGACGAAAUGACAGAUUUUCGUAUUACACCAUCGCCUGGAGGCGUACAAUUAGAUCCGCGAUUUGUCGAAGAUCCCGCAAUGGUUUAUGGAUAUGUUUCGGCUCCAACUUAUGGAAUUUUGCCAGCCGGUGGGGUUAAUCCAAACGCUACUUAUGCCACACGCCCUGUUAUAUACGAUGAUAAUUCAAAUGGAACGAAUUUCGAAAACGCAUUAGCACCCGCUGGAAACGCUUUGACUGGCGGAAGAUUAUUACUAGAAAGUGAUCACGACUUGCAAAAACAAUUGUCACAAUUAUCUAUUCAUGGCCAUGGUUUAAUUGAUCAUAAUGUCGCAACUUCUCCUAGAGGAGGAGCAGAUGCUUUUAGUUCUAACGUAGCCGGUAACGAGGCUGACCAGCGACAGGUCAUGCGGUGGAGAGACCCAAACUUGUCGGAAGUUAUUAGUUUUCUAAAUAAUCCGAAUAAUGUUAUUAAAGCAAAUGCAGCUGCCUAUUUGCAACAUUUAUGUUAUAUGGAUGAUCCAAAUAAACAACGAACCAGAACGUUAGGUGGAAUACCACCUUUGGUACGAUUGCUUUCACAUGAAACUCCAGAAGUUCAUAGGAAUGCUUGUGGUGCUCUAAGAAAUUUAUCAUAUGGAAGACAAAAUGACGAAAAUAAGCGAGCAAUAAGAAACGCUAAUGGAAUAAUAGCUUUAAUAAACUUAUUAAGGAGAACAAACGAGUCAGAAGUAAAAGAAUUAGUCACCGGAGUUAUUUGGAAUAUGUCGUCUUGUGAGGACCUCAAAAGACCUAUUAUUGAUGAUGGUUUAAAUGCUAUAGUUACUAUUAUCAUUAAACCCCAUUCUGGAUGGGAUCCAAUUAAUCCAGGCGACACAUGCUGGUCUACUGUUUUUCGUAAUGCUUCUGGUGUUUUAAGGAAUGUAAGCUCAGCUGGAGAAUAUGCAAGAACAAAGCUGAGGGAAUGCGAAAGUUUGGUUGAUUCAUUGUUAUACGUCGUUAGAUCUGCAAUCGAAAAAAGCAAUAUUGGAAACAAGAUUGUAGAAAACUGUGUUUGUAUUUUAAGAAAUCUUUCAUAUCGUUGCCAAGAAGUAGAUGAUCCAAACUAUGAUAAACAUCCUAUGCCAAGUCAAUCUAGAGCGUCUUCAGCAGCUUCUUCUCCAAAGGGAGAAAAUCUUGGUUGUUUUGGAGCUAGUAAAAAGAAAAAGGAUUCACAAGAGCAAAAAGACAAUUUGUCAGUUGGUGGUAGUGGAACUACAUCACGUAAUUCAAUACAAAGAAAUGAGCCUGCCAAAGGGUAUGAGCUUCUAUGGCAACCAGAAGUUGUUCAGUCUUACUUAUCACUCCUUCAAAGUUGUUCAAAUCCAGAAACCCUUGAAGCAGCAGCUGGAGCUAUUCAAAACUUGGCAGCAUGUUAUUGGCAACCUAGUAUUGAAAUUAGAGCAGCGGUCAGAAAAGAGAAAGGACUUCCAAUAUUAGUUGAAUUAUUAAGAAUGGAAGUUGAUAGAGUAGUUUGUGCUGUUGCUACCGCUUUAAGAAAUUUAGCUAUAGAUCAAAGAAAUAAAGAACUUAUUGGGAAAUACGCUAUGAGAGAUUUGGUGCAAAAGUUACCAUCUGGUAAUCCACAACACGAUCAAGGAACAUCUGACGAUACUAUUGCAGCUGUUUUAGCAACUAUUAACGAAGUCAUUAAGAAAAACGCGGAGUUUUCUAGAUCGUUAUUAGAUGCCGGCGGAGUUGAAAGAUUAAUGAAUAUAACACGGCAAAAACAAAAAUAUACAGCAUGUGUGUUGAAAUUUGCAAGUCAAGUUUUAUUCACAAUGUGGCAACAUCAAGAAUUGAGAGAUGUAUAUAAAAAGCAAGGAUGGAAAGAGCAGGAUUUUGUAACAAAGACAGUGGCUGCCAGAAACUCAGCACCUCAUUCGCCAAAUAAUGCUAAUAAUACUUUAAAUCGACCAAUGGCAUCGCAAGGCCGAACACGGUAUGAGGAUAGAACUAUCAAAAGAAAUACUGGUGGAGCUGCUGUCGGUAAUGAAUCUAGAAAUAAUGGCGGGCUCUCUGUUGUUCAUAGUGGAUCAGGGGCAUUAUACUUAAGAGGUGAAGAUAUUCCAAUUGGUGAACAUGCAUACCAAGAAGGUGGUGGGCAAGCAGGUGCCUCUGCCGGAAGUCAUCGAAUGUAUCACUCAAUGCCCUCCGGAAAUGGACCAACUCAUUCCACUUAAAGUCAUAUAAAAAUUCAAUAGUAAUUUUAGAUUUACUCUAAACAUAUUUAUACAAAACAAUUUAAAAAGAAAAAUAUGCAUUUACAUUUAUAGAAACCAUGAUAGAACAUUUUACACAUCGACACAAAACAUUUAGUACGUGUAUUUAUUAUUUAUUUAUACUAAACAGGCAUAAACAAAAAUUUAAUUAAUAAAAAAAAAAAUAAACAAAAGGAAAAAAAAAACAAAAAGACAACAACUACGAAUACUAAAUACUACCAUAUUAUGACUAUUUAUUAAAAAUAUUUUAAUAAAUUUCUAAUUAUUCAAUUAAAACAAAAAAAAAAGUAGCUGAAGCAGUUAUAAUAAGAAUAUAAUGAUAAUAAGAAUUAGUUUUUUAAUUAAGGAUUUAGAAAAAAAAGUAAAAAAAAAAAGUAUCUAUCUUAGUAUCUUGUACGAAUAUUAUGUUAAAAAUUUUUUUUUUUUUAAUAAGCAAUUAUGUAUAUUUGUAAAAUGUAAAAUGUUUCCCGAUUAUUUUUAGAAUUUAUUUGAAAAAAUCAAAAUUAGCAUAAACAUUCUUACUAUAAUAGUAUUUUAUUAGUUUAUAAUUAAAUUAUAAAUGUUCACUUUAUUUUUUAUGUUUUUACGCUAAUUUUUAUAUAUUAUAUUCAAAGGUUGGCUUUAUAAGAAAAAAAUUAAUAAAAAAUAACUUCAAAAUUCUUGCCAAAACAUAAAAAAUUAAAUAAGUGCACACAGAUUUUGUAAAAAUUAUUUAACAAGCUUUCAAAUUUUGUAAUAGGUCUUUUUGAAUAGAAUCUUUUUAGUUUGUUUAGAGAAUUCAAUUAUAAAAUUUAUUUUUAUUUUGCAUCUUUUUUUUUUUUUGUUGGUCUUC